CCCACCGCUGCUCUCUGCUGCCUGCCUGCUGGCUGCUGGGCGGACUGGGGCAGAUCAGAGCCGACCAGUUCCGUGUUUCUCUCCCAGUACACCCGGAGCAGACUGAACGGGAGGACCCGGCAGUGUCAUGGUGGACAUUCCUGCUCAGCUGCGGUAUCCAUAAGUCCGGGGACAGAGGAAGGGAAAGUGUUGACGGAGGUGAUCUCAGCGGGAGUCGAACAGAUCAUCAGACGAUCCUGGAUGAAGACGUCGACGCCACCAGCGGCUCCAUAAUGAUGAAUAAACACACUGGGAUUAGGACGACUAUGCACAAAUCUUCGGGGUCAUCAGCUGACCUUUGACCCCAUUUAAUGGAUUAAAACAAAACAACAACAACAACAAAAUGGCACUGUGGCUGAAACAGGGAAGGAAUCAAGCCAUCAUACUCUUUGGGAAUACUUGGAAUUUUAUCAAAGUGUUUGUUUGAAACGGGAUCGGAUUUUGGGAUUUUCAAUGGGAUUUGCUAAAGUGGUAAAAGUGAAGAUGUAAUAAAGCGUGCGGGGAAAAAAUGUUUCUAAAAGAGCUCAAACUGAUUAUAAAAUAAACCCACGAGUCCAAGGAUGGAGCAGGAUUUCACACAGUAGGAUUCUCUUAUCUUCUCUCAUACAUUGUGAAGACUUGCAUGCACCUGCCUGGACUAUAACAUUAGCCAGCGUUGGUGAAGUUUCCAAAAACCCGUUACAUCCAAUUCAACUUUCCCAAAAAAAACUGUAAUUUCACGUUGUUUUGAAUGGACGUCUGACGUUUCCCUUCAGCUUCUUCUUCUGUACCUCUGACUGCUGCUGCUGCUCAGUAUCUUGCUGCAGUGCCAUUUUAAAAAAAACAAACAAACAAACAUGGCCGCCACAGGAAGGAGGCACAUGGUGAAGGAUUUUAACCAUUUCAUCACCUGUUACCUGUGUCGAGGUUACCUGAUUAAACCGACCACGGUCACCGAGUGCCUGCACACCU